AUGUUAUGCUUUUUAUGCAAGAAAAAAUUCGAUAGUUCAAAAAUUCUUUUUACACAUUUCAAGCGUAUUCAUGAUUUACCUGACGGUAUAUUUAGGUGUUGUGAGCUGGAAUGCAACCAAAUUUUUAAAAACUUGGGCAGUUUUAAAAAGCACAUAAAUCGUAAACAUAUUAAUAGCGCUUUAGAAAUUGAUUUAAUCAAUAAUUUUAAUGAUUUUAAAAAUCAAAUUUCUUUGAAUAAUUCUUCUAAUCAUGAUUAUAAUCAUACUACUGCAAGCCAAGAAAGACCACUACUUUAUAAUGAAACAAACUUUAAUCAAACGCAAAGAAUAUCAUUGGAUAAUUCCACACAAGUAACUAUUAUUAGUAGUAAUGAAAACCCUAACUGUGACGUUAUUUCUGAUACCAAGAAUAAUGUCUGCUCUCAGGCAAAUGAUGAUAAUAAUAGCGGUUUCAAAAGUACUAAUAAUUUAAUAUCACAAUUAGAAUUAUUAAAGAAAAGGGUACACGACUUAGUCAUAGAAUUUGUACUAACACUUCACAAUAACAGUAAGUUUUCGAGAAAGGAUGUUUUGGAAAUUCAAGAGUGCACAACAAAAUUUUUAAUUGAUCCUAUAUUAGACAGUUUAAUAUGUUUUGGAAAGUGUAAUUUUUUUGACAAUAGUCUCUUGUACAAUAACUUUUUUGGCAUGAUAACCAGUUUCAGAUAUCCCUUUGAGCUUUUUUCAACAGAUCAUUUACUAUUCAAAACUUUACAUAACAAAGGUUAUGUGGAUAAAGUGAAAGAGUUUGUCGUUAAUGAUGAAGUACGUGUAAUGCACAAAAAAGGUAGUUUGGUGGCGGAUGAAAAAAAAAUAACCGGUGUUUUAAUGCCUCUCAAGUUUCAGUUUAAAACAUUUUUUGAAAAAGAUGGGCUGCUUGAGAAAACUUUGAAACACAUUGAAUAUUUGCAGCGACAAACAAAAUUAACAAAUUUUAUUCAGGGUGAGCUGUGGAAAACUAAUAUGUUAAUGUAUCCUAAUAAAAUUUUAUUGCCGUACUUUAUUUAUAUUGAUGAUUUCGAAAUCAAUAACCCUCUUGGAUCACACUCCUCUAAACAUUCAAUAUGCAAUACCUAUUAUUCUUUCCCAUGCCUUCCAGUAGAUGAAUCAAAAUUGGAAAACAUUUUUCAUGGAGCUGUUAUAAAAUCAACAGAUGUAAAAACAUUUGGUAAUGAAAAAUGUUUUCAAAGUUUAAUACAGGAAUUAAAAGAACUGGAGGUCGAUGGAAUAGAGAUUCAAAUAAAUGAAAAUUUGAAUUUACGUAUUCAUUUUAUAUUGGGUUUAGUACUGGGCGAUAAUUUGGGCCUAAACUCAUUUUUAGAUUUCUCCAAAUCAUUUUCAGCAAAUUUCUUUUGUAGAAUGUGUAGGCUGGAAAAAAUAGACUGCCAAAAGUUGUGUAUUGAAAAUACCGAAAUGAUACGAACAAUUUCUAAUUACAAUUCGGAUUUAGCCAGUUCAUCUGAAAAUAGAGGGAUAAUUUGUAACUCUCUACUUAACGAUGUUCCAUCUUUUCAUGUGGUUCAUAAUUACUAUGUUGAUAUAAUGCAUGAUGUUUUCGAAGGUGUAUGUCACUACAGCAUUUGUCAUGCAAUCAAUUACUUUAUCAAAAUGAAGUAUUUUGAUUUAAAAAUUCUAAAUUCAAGAAGAGAGACUUUUGAAUAUGGACCUAAAGAAAUUGGUAAUAUGCCUGGAAAAAUAGAAAUGCAUCACCUUAAUAGUAAAAAAUUAAGAAUGUCGGCUAGAGAGAUGAUGACAUUCAUAACAUACUUUCCUCUUAUGGUAGGAGAUAUGAUUCCAGCUGAUGAUGAUGUUUGGAAGUUUCUCAUUAAUUUAAUAGAAAUUAUAGAUAUCUUACUGUGUUUUGAAGUAGCAGAUUCGGAUAUUAUUUUAUUACAAAAUAAAAUUAAAAAACUUAACCGCGAUUACACUGUAUUAUUUGACGACACGUUAAAGCCCAAAUUUCACAAUUUGAUUCACUAUCCAAAGAUCAUUCGUCAAUCUGGACCUCUUCGAAAAUUAUGGUGUUUUAAAUACGAAUCUAAUCACAUCCAAUCUAAAAUUUACUGUCACGUUAUUAAUUCUAGAAAGAAUAUAUGUAUUACCUUAUCCAAAAAAUAUCAACUAAAAUUUACCUACCAAAUAUUAAAAAAUAAAUCCACCACAAUAUUGGAUGCGAAUAGUAGGCAUAAAAGACAGAGUAAUUUUAAAAAUAUUAUUCAUGAACAGCUACAUGUCGCUGUCGAUGAAAGUUGUAUUCAAUUUUAUUCUCAAUUAAAUUACAAAGGGGUCCAGUUUAAAUGUGGUGACUAUAUAUCGGUAUUAAACAAUGAUAUUCUGAUUUAUAAAGUUGUAGAAAUUAUUAUACUGAAUAACGAGAAAGUAUUAUUCUUUUCACAAAAAUUAAUUAAUAUAACCUAUAGGUCUCAUUUUCUUGCCCACGAAGUGGAUAUAAGUAAUUUGGGCCAAUUUUCAUUGAUUUCAGUUAAUGAAUUAAUAGGACCCCCACUAGAUUUAAUAAAAACAGCUAAAGGCAUUAACAUGAUCAAAGUAAAAGAACAUUAUACUGCAAUCGCAUUCUAA